GAUCUGGUCAACACUGGACUCAGCACUUUCUUCUUUUUCAUUGCCUCUGUAGUACUUGCUGCUUUAAAUCAUAAAACUGGAGCAGAAAUUGCUGCUGUGAUAUUUGGUUUCUUGGCAAUGGCAGUGUAUGCUGUGAACACAUAUUUAGCUAUUAAAAAGUGGCGAAUGAACAGCAGACAACAAAGUAGUCGGCAGACCAGUGAUUACAUACGUGCUCGGACAGAGUCCAGAGAAGUGGAUCAUCACCCCGAGAUUCAGCGUCUGGAUGCAUGA